AUGGCUCCAACGGUAUCUAAAAAGGCGACACAGCCGAAAGCAAGAUCUGUCUCUCGAACCUCAACUCCCCUCACCGAGAAGUCGCCUACGCCCGGGGUGGCCACGCCCGUAUCCAUCUCUGCACCCAGCAGUGCCUUGCCCAAGGAGACGCUCUACUUGAAGACACCCACCGCAGCUUUGAUAUCGACUGAGCCCAGCAUUGAGAUGCUCAUUGAGAAGAGUAGUAUUUCUUUGGCGAAACAGGGCGAUCCUCCCGCCGGGCGAGAUCUCCGCGUGCUGCACGACACCAUCCGCGAUACCAUUAAUCGCUUCAUGGGCAAGCGCAAUGACAUUUGCGAUCGCAGCAUGCGACAGCUCGCACAGCGACGAAAGGAGCGAGCAGAAGCGGAGGAGGAGCAGGAAGCCAGCCRGGCCGAAGAUGAGCGCGUGCGAGUGAAGCGUGAGGAGGACGAUCGGCGGAAGGAGAAGAAGACACUGAGCAAGAAGCGCAGUCACGAUGAGAUGGAUGUCGAUGGCGAGUCGGAGGAUAGAAGAGRGCAACGCGAGAGCCUGCCGAGCGUCGGUGCGCAUGGCCUGGCGCGACAGGACGGCGUGGGUGUACACCAAGGCGCUCCGGCUCCGCCGUCACCACCGGUUCAGCCUGGUACCAUCGUGCCAGAAGUCCUGGACGCGGCCGCCUCACCAGCUGACUCGGAUGCUUCGCGACAUGAUCUCCCUCCCACAGCGCCGCUGUACGAGCGCAUAUUCGGCAAGGAUCCAACCGCCGCAGAGGACAAUGUGAUCUACGACAUCCGGCCGCUGACCGACGACCUGACUGAUGAGGAGAAAAUGGCCAUCCUCAGUGUAGUACACUGGCCAUCAAGCGAUCUCCACGACAAAACUGCGGGUGACCCUCCGGACAUGGACUUUAGCAAUGCGAAGCCUGCAAACCAGGUCAACUUUUCCACCUUUCAGACCUACAUUGAGCCAUUCAUUCGGCCCUUCACCGAAGAAGACGUGGCAUUUCUCAAGGAGCGGGGUGAUCGUGCGGUUCCAUACAUAAUACCACCGCGAGGCGCAAAAGGUUACAAGGAAAUUUGGGCCGCCGAGGAUGGAACGACAGGGAUCGAGCCGCCUCAAAAACACAUCAACAACCCGAAUGAAGCGAGAGGGAGUAUGGAAGACUUGGACGAUGAUCUCGCCGAUCAAGACACCGUGAGCAUGGGACCAGUAUCAAAUCGCUUGAUCACGAUAGUUCGCCCGGCACCAAAUGGGGCCAAAAAGGACAAGGAGGAAAAUGAAGACGCGAACGGGGAUGUCUCGAUGGCGAACGGAGAUGAUGCGCCCGAACAGCUUUCGAAUGGCAACACCGAAGACUUCAAACCCACAACAUAUCUUUCCGCCGACGCACCUCGGCCUACCAAUCUCCAACAACUUGACUAUGAGAGUUUUGAACAGCGUGCUUUGCAAGAGCUUAGACACAUUGGCAUCAUCGGCCCGAACGAGACUCCCAAUUACGAUGCGCAUAACGAUGACGAGGUAGCAGCUCGAUUACGAACUCUACAGCACGAACUACGUCGUAUUAGCAAGUUGAACAACGUYCGCAAAGCUCGCGUCUUGGAGCUGACAGAAGAGAGGAUGGCGAUGCAAGAAUAUUCCAACAUUGCAGAUGAUCUGGACAACCAAGUCAACGCGGCAUACCUCAAGCGUAACCGAUCUCUGGCGAAACCAAAUCAAAAGAAGGGCUCACAGGCGAAGCCGGGACAGAAAGGCGUUGCAUCUGGCGUGGCUGGCCGAGGAGUGAGCGACGGUGUGCGGGCAUUGAUGGUCAAGCGUAAGGACUGGAUUGAAUACGUGGGACCGGUGGUGCAGCAUGGCAGACCUCCCAUCCCGGGCGACGAUGAGACCAUAUUUGACGACGCUUCUUUGAAGAGGUUGGAAAAGGCUGAGCGAGAGGCUGAGUUGGGCGAAGUAGAUGGCGAAUGA